AUGGAACCAUCGGGCGGUUUGGUACAAUUUGAAUCGUUCAUCCGUGUGCCGGAAAUAUUCUUCGCCAUGAUCGGUGUGGCGGGGUACGGUGAACCGAAGCGGACGCUUCGGGCACACCUGAAGCAGGCACUGUUCUGGUCAUCGUGUGCCAAUACCGGCUUCUGUCUCAUCAUUGAGCAUAUCUACUUCGUGAAAGCGGCCGGUAACUUUACCAACUUUCUGCAACUGACUGCUUUGGCACCGUGCAUGGGCUUUACGGCGCUUUCCUUCGUCAAGAUCAUGACCAUCAGGCUGAACGAGACGAAGCUAACGGACAUGCUGCACCGACUGGACGCACUGUUCCCGAAGACGAACGUGCUGCAGGAACGGUACGGCGUGUUCCAGUACAACCGUGAGUCGGAGGUCGUGAUGAAAUCUUUCUCAAUCCUUUACAUGAUCUUGAUUUGGAUGUUUAAUCUGCUCCCGUUGGUAUCGAUGGUGGAGGGCUACUUCGCCGAUGGAAGCUGGCAUAAACAGUUGCCGUACUUCAUGUGGUAUUGGUACGAUUGGCAUCAGCCUGGUUAUUUCGAGGUGACCUUCCUGCACCAGAACUGGGGUGGAUUUGUGUCGGCCGUAUUCUACCUGUCGACCGAUCUUAUGUUCUGUGCCAUCGUGUUGCUGAUUUGUUUACAGUUCGACAUUGUGGCAUAUCGGCUAAAGCAUGCCCUGCCGGACGAUCAUCAGGAGCUGACCGAGUGCGUUCGCAUACAUCAGACGGUGAUCGAGCUGUGCAGUGAGCUGGAGCGCAUGUUUUCACCCUCGCUACUGGUUAACUUUCUCAGCAGUUCGGUCAUUAUCUGUCUGGUGGGAUUUCAGGCGACGGCCGAUAUUACCAGGGCGGAUCUUUUCAAGUUUGUGCUGUUUCUCGUCUCGUCGCUGGUGCAGGUCUUUCUGCUGUGUUACUAUGGUAACAAACUCAUCGUUGCGAGCUCUCAAAUCCCGUACAGUGCCUUCGAGGGGCAAUGGAUUGGAGCAUCCGUUUCUUACCAGCGAUCCUUGCUGUUCGUUAUGUUACGCUCAACCACGGUGCAGAAGCUUACUGCGCUUAAAUUCUCCGUCGUUUCGUUGGCCAGCUACUCAAAGGUAUUGGCGUUUCUCUCCAAUUUAGGUUUCGUUGAUAAUGAUGCUAAAUAUGCUCUGCGUUCCUACCCUACAGAUACUAAGCACAUCGUUCUCGUACUUCACACUGCUGAAAGCUAUGUACGAACCAAAUGA